AUAGUUUAUCUUAAUAGCCGGCUCUAAAUUGUUAGAACAAUAGCAAAGAGAAUCCUUAAAAUCAUAGCUAAGAAAACCAUGAAAAGAGGAGAUAAUACAUAAUGUUAAAAAAAGAGAAAUGUCAAGUGGAGAGAGCUUAGAGUUCUGCUGCUCCCAUAACAUGACAUGUGUGAAACCCACACACACGCACAGUAUAUAUCUUAAUAUAUAUAUAUAUAUAUACUAGAGAGAAAAUUAAAGUUGAAGUCAAACUUUUUAUCGGAGGCUUCCACUAUCAAUUUUAGAGAGGAAAUAAGCUAAAGGAGGCAUGAUGAUGCGCCUCCUACCCCUUCCUUCUUAAAGUCACCACCUGCUCUUCCUCUGGAAGACACAAAAAGAACUAGUACAGAAUCAAGAGAGCUCACCCAUCAUACACUUGUAAUUCUUCCAUGGCCAGUGGGUCUUCCUCUUCAUGUGACCACUCAGUAGAAGAAGAAUACAUUGACAUGGAUAUGAGCUCAACGAGCUUCUUCUGCUGUCGUGUAUCCUCUCCAAACAACAGAGAAUUUGAAUUCCAUCUUUCAGCUAAUCCAAUAUCACAUAUUGAGACCACCAUCUCCUCUGCCGAUGAGCUCUUCUACAAAGGAAAGCUUCUUCCUCUCCACUUUUCUCAGCGCUUUGAAAUGAUAGAAAAAUCUCAUGAAAAUUCUGAAACUGUGUACAGUUUCAAGGCGCUUUCCAGCAUUGCCACAGAAAGAGAAGCCUCGUGUAGCGGCAGUUGUGAGCUAAACCGCAAUUGUGCAGUCAAAUCAGAUAAAAAGAAAUCAGGUCAUAAAAGGAUUAGAAUCAUUAAGCAAUUCUUGCUCAAGGUACCAAAAGCUUAUUUGAAGUUCCUGAUCAACAAAACACGGCGCUUAGAGUCAAAUAUGGCCAAUAAGGAAGGGAAAAGUAACAAUGGUGCUGUCAUGCAAAGCAGCAUUGAUAGAGAAGAAUUAACAGAUGGUUGCAUGCAAAGGAAUUCCCCACAAAUGCUGAAGAAGAGCAGCAGUAUGAACUCAGAAAUGGAGAAUUCAAUUCUGGGUGCUAUAGCUUACUGUAAGAUGUCUCAACAGGUCUGUUCAAGGAAAGGUUUGUAAGUGACAAAUAUUUUGUUCAUUCAAAUAAAAUAUGAAAUUAUUCCCAAUUUGGGUGUCUUUUAUUUGGAUUUCUGAGCCAAAAAACAAUUUUUUUCACUAUCAUUAUCUGAAUACUGAAUUUCCGAGCCAAGAAAGAACAAAGCUUAGUCAUGGAGUUUCACUCUUGAGCUUCUUUUGGAUUUAGAAUCUGCUUGGGAGGACCAUUUUUAAACAGAUCUUCAUAUGCAACAAAAAGAAAAAAAAAAUGUGAAUUUCUUCUCUGCAUAUUGUAGCUUUUCAUAAAUGAGCAAUUUGGUUUGGUGGGAUCGAUUAAAGGUUCUGAUUUUUUAAUUUAGACAACAGUAAUUUAAACGAUGUUGUUUUUAAGGAUUUGAUAAAUUUCCGAUUUGUCAAGAUUUAUGCAAAUUUUUGUUUGAAAGGAUACUUCAGAUCAAUUUUGACCAAAAUUGAGCCAAAUUUACGAAGCAUGGUGGAGGAGGAAAGUGACAGGAAGAAAAUGAUAUAUAUACUCAACUAACAAUGAUCGCUAGUUAAAUAAAUAUUGAUUGAUCGCUAAUGACACACUUGUGUUUAAUAGUAAUUUAUUUAUAAAAUGAAUAUAGUUUACUAAUCAGUUAAUAACUUAAUUAAUAAUAACAUAAUUAUUAAAUUAGUUAGUUUUCUCGAUCAUGGUUUACAUUUUACA